CGCAGCGGGACCAGAACAAGAUAACUUGAUUUUUGCUGAUGGUCCUUUCGUUAGCUCGUGGAAUUUAGGUGGUGGUCGCGACCUUCCUUCUUUGUGUUCCUCUCGGCCUCAGAUUUCUCCUCCUUAUGUGUUUGGUCCUCGUUUGUCGAUUAUGCCUGUUCUCGGUAAUGUUUAUGGUGUCGAGCAUAAUGUCAUUAGGAAUACUGAUCUCCUGAAUGGUGUAACAGAUCCUUGUGAAGUGUGGUCUCCUUUUCCGAGCAUCAUCCCGGUAUUCCGUCGCUUGUACCCUCAAAUGCGGACGCAUUUCCCAACGACAGUAAUGGCUUCAUCGAGUUGGACAAUGUGUGUUCCGCCCCGCUUCUUGAGAGUGGUCGGUUCCUCAAGAACGUGCCAGUUCUGCCUACGAAUCCCGCGACGCAACAAAACCUUCCACGUAGAAUCCGGAAGGCAAAACGGAAGAUACCAGGACGACAUGUGUUUAUUGGUACUCAGUCUGUGUUUUUAGCUGGUGAUGCUGAGGCGCCCGCCACUUCAGGCACGACCAGUUCUACAGCCGGCGGUCCUCCUACAACCCAGUCACAAAAUGCAUCCAUCGCAUUGAGGCUACCAUUCGUUUCUGAACUUGUCACGCCCCCCAGUACUCUUCAAAAUGCUAUUUCAGGAGUAGAUGAUUCUUACCUGCCCACACUGUCUUCGGCGCAUGUCCCGUACUUCAACCAAAUGUAUGGAACUAAUGAAAUCAAUAGACCAGAUGGUUCCUGCCGUGCUCCACUUGGCCCGGCUGAUUUCGUUGCUACUGUUCCAAAACCGACUACGCAAGGGAUCGAACUCAGCUUGCAACCCACCACCGCAUGGCCCGGGAGUUAUCAAACGAGUAUCGAAUCUCCGGAAGUCGAUCAUCAACGCCCGAAUGUUUCCUAUUGGAGGGCCAAGGAACCCCAAGUAGGGCUACCUUAUUAUCUGAUUGAGAAUGAGCGGUUGUCAGAGGGUUCAAAACCUCACGGCAAAGAAAACACUCCAGACGUUUCAGAUACCGUUUGGUCAUCCUCUGUUAGUGACGCAGAAUACUGGGCAAGCGUCGGAAAGUCAGGUGAGCCUUCUGUGAAGUACGGGACUACAGACGGAAAGUCCGAAUCUUAUCCAACGGAAGCGAUUGCAUUUCCCCAAUCUAGAGUCCCCAUUCAGAAGGAUGCAGGCAGCAUCGUAGCAGAGUUUGGCGAUGUUUCAUCGAAUACAUCUCCGACGGUGCUGACGUCACUUGAACAAGUAGAUUACCACAAAUCGCCAGAUCUGACGGCUGGCAGUGUUGGAGACACCCUAUCCAGAGAUGCAGCUGGUGCACCUUUAAGCAUACCAUACGUGGAAACGGGAAGUUUCAAGAGUCAUCCACACCCGAAAGAAAGUGACUUUAGGUUACCUCCCCAAAAUUCAUUCAACAUUUGCCCACGGAUGGAUCCAGUGAUGGAGAAUUCAGCCUAUCCUUUGAUGGAAGACUCUCAUUCAACCAAAGGUGCUGACCACAACGGAUUUGCUCCUCAGCUACCCAUGGACGACUGGGAAAAGACUUCUACGCCAUUUUCGGAGGCGACCAAACCUAAAACUUCCCUGAAUUCGACAAUCCAGCCUUUAUCUCCGAGACAGAUGAAACCGAUUGGGAGCGAGAGACCUUCGACACAAUCCGAAACCGGUCAAAUCUUGUUAGACAGAGAGGAAGUGUGGAUGCCCUCGACGCCACCUACUGAUCGGCGUGGUUCUGUCGCUUGUAAUGUGGCCUCAGAUGCAGAGUCUCAUGUGGUUGAAACUCGAGUGUCUAUACCCUGUGCACGAAACAUUGGGCCAACCAAAAUGGGUGUUUCCGAUUUGAAUGAAAAACCGCAGACCUCACCUCUCUACGCCUUAAAUGAAGUCGAAGAACGCCAGAGCGUGGUCCCACAGACGCAAGAUAAUGGUUCCGAUAGAUUGUUUCAUGUGCCGCACAAGUCAGAAACUUCGAUCUUUGAGCCCUUCUCGAUUUCGAGCACCGCAUCACCACUGACUUAUCUCCCUGUUGAAGAGUUGUCAACCGGACUGCUAGGGCAGGCCGACACGGCUCCAGGUGAAUCACUACAUACGACUUGUCUUGAGCAGUCCCUUAUCGACGCUGUGGUUGGUAGAGAAUCGCCCGCAUUUGACACUGAGUACCAAAGGACUAGGUACAACUUCGACGGUUCAGCUCCUCAUACGAUCCCUUGCUCGACCAUCACGACGAAUUCGCUUCCUGCCGAACGAUCGGACUUAUUUACUUGCAAGCGACGGUUCAAACGUGAUGAGAUAGGAAGCGAGCAUCCGCCAGCCGCGUCUUCUAUCCAUCUGCCUAUAACUUCAGUGUUAGCUGAGAUGCCAAGAGACACUGUGACAGGUUUUCCUGGCGACAGGACAAGAUCGUCGUCGGAAAGCGCUUUGCAUGAGACCAUCGAUUACUUGGGAGAUUCGAUGGUACGGCGACUGAGCGCAGUAAAUGACAAGCCAAAAUCGAUUGUUCAUCCGAAGGAAUAUGAAACCACUAGUACCUCAACCGAAUGGUAUUCAACGACUUCUUUUGAAGAAGUUGACCAGUUUAACACGGUCUGGAAUGCGACGUCGUCAAGAUCCCGAGUGGAAAACGUUCAGCUGAAUGGUUUCGACAACACCAGAGUGCCCACAGAUGUGAAGGGUUUAGGACGCGCAGUAAAACGAACACAGCAAUCAGACAAGCGCAAGACUAUCAGGGGCGCUACCCGUAACCAGGGCGCAUCAGCGACAUCAGCACGUGUCUCACCAGCGACCUACCAGUCGCUUGAAUUUACACGAACAGCUUUCCCCCACUCGACUGAUCAGUCAGAGGCUGGCUCUAACGCAAAACCCCCAGGCAAUUCAUUAGGCCUGGGUGUUGGUACUCACGAGCUUCCAUCCUGUUCAACGAGUGAGAAGCCCCUAGAAGUGACCUACGAACACACAUCUGAUUUGCAUCUUGAGGAGCAAACCCGACGAAAAUCGCGAAUUCCAGUGACACCAACAACCCGUCGGCAUUCAAAAGUAGACGUUUCUACACAAACUACCGCGUCCAGUCGUCUAGACUUCAUCAGAAUCAUACAAAAACACACACUCGGUACAGCGCACGAGAACAAGUGCACUCAAUUCGUCUCUGAUGAAGACGCAUUCCGUCUGACCGCAGGUCGACAGGAAGCAACUCGUCAGGCUCGCGACAGUUCAGAGAAGAGUUCACAAACCGGUUUGGAUCUACGCUACCGAUUCCGCCAAUCUGGAGAAAGGACUUCAAGGAUACUGACGUACAUACAGCCGGAAUCAACCGAGCGGGAGAUGGGAUUCUUGUCGGGAAGUACAAACGGGGACACAAAGGAAAUCAACGCAAAAUACCGAUUAUCUCGAUGUCCAAACUGCUGUCGCUAUCUGCUCCCGUUCCUGGCAACGCUAUUGUUGCUUUUACUCCUUCUCCUUUGGCUUUGUCUACACCGAAUACCGCACUGCGCAACCUUCUUCUCCCGGUCCUAUUGCAUUGAAGAGACGGUGUUUUGGCGAUACAUCUACCACCCGUUACAUACCCUCCGAUUCCCCCGUCCACCGGUGUGAGCGUUCCCAACGAGGUCUAUGAGCUGCCCGGGGAACUGCGCGUAUCUCUCCUCUCCAGUCCCCAUGCAUUUUUAUAGACUGGCCUGUAACUGAAUUGUCAGAACAACUCACCAAUAGGAUGACAUACGACCACAUACUUUCGGAUUUCUAUUUCUCUCCCCUUUUUCCCCUCUCAUCUCCACUCUUUCACCUGUGAUAAUUUUUCUCACAUGUACACCCAUAUCAUAUCCCACCGGUUGACCUUCGUCAUCUGAACACAUCAGUUGAAAAAUCUCGUUCGAAUGUUGCAUCAUACUUUGUCUGUCACCUCAUCCCCGUCCCCUCAUGAAAUACUCAUCAUCAGCUGACUAUGGUUUCUAUUUUUUAAUCUAUUUUAUACUCAAAUACAUCUCAG